UCUUGAUAAAUCUCCCCCUCAGGUCGUAGAUCCGUAAACACAGACAGGCCCCGCCCCAACAGACUCCACAUUCUCAUGUAGGCUCCGCCCUCAGACACUAGGGGGCGUGCUGUGGUUUGUACACACUCUCCAUGCAUUUCCAUGCGGUGAGGCAGGCGCGUCCUCUCCCUCAGACACUAGGGGGCGGGCUGGGCAGCGCCGGUCCCGGAGCAGACGUCACUCCGUGCAGAUUCCCGCAGCUGGGAUCCGGGAUUUACUGUCAGUGUGAGCGGAGGACGGAGGUGACGCAUCCCGCGGACGGCACCGGGCACCGGCUGUGUGAGAUUGUGUGGCUCAAUGAGAAAUGAAGCUGGUAACAACCUAGCAACACCCAGAGAGUCAUCGGGAGAAUGUGGAAUCUGCUCCGUGUGGUCAGUGUCCUGACUGCUAUCCAAUGUCUACUGCCCGAUGUCUGCAGCCAGGCCUCAGAUUUCUUCAAGAACUUGUAUUGUGUGACGCAUGAUUUUGAGAACAUGUCCUGUCGAUGGGACACCCCGUACCCCGCUGAUCAGAGCAUCGCCUACGAAGUUUGUUCCAGGUCCUCGAUAGCAACACAAUGUUUCAGAACAACUGGAAACCAACUAAAGGUGGAGUUUCCGGUUUUCUCAGCGUCUGAUAUAAACAUAGAGGCCAAAGACAUUCCGGGGAACCCAUCUAUACAGUUCCAGAAGACCUCCUUAGAUAUUCCUUACGUUCCGUACCCGCCGGAGAUUAACUCCUUGGUUGCCGACUAUCAGUCUGACCUGCUGUCUGUGGAGUGGACGGUGAACUCCACCUCCAUGCUGGAUGGGGUGAAGGUGACCUGUGAGAUGAAUGUGCUGCGCGGAGAAGACAUACUGGCGAAAAAUGAGACUUUAGUAGAAUAUUGGUAUGCUAAGGCCGGGAUGUUUCACUGGAAUUGGACCUCGGACUUCCCUUUAAAUUGCUCAACACAUUCAGUGAGGGUCCGGUGCUUCGUCCAUGAAGAGUACUACGAUGGUGAAAAAAGGCUGAGCGACUGGAGCGCCACCAAAACAAUCAACGGAAGCAGGGGUGAAGUGAGUUUUUUUCCUGAAGAUAUAGUAGUCGCCGUCGGCUCAGACGUGAACUUCUGCUGUAAUGUAGAUAGCCAAAGUAAAAUCCAAUCUAUUCAUUUCAAGUCCAAUCUGUUACCACUUAUCCCACUGGGGAACAGCAGCAGCGGGAUCCGGUUACACAAUCUCCAGCAGUCCGACUCCAGCGGAGACAAUAUCUUCUGCUCCACCCAUGAGGAGCCGUAUGUCACCGGAACUGUUGUGUUUGUGGGAUAUCCCCCAGACAAGCCCCAGGGUCUUAGCUGUGAAGCUCGGCACCUUAAGGUGAUCAAUUGUACCUGGAAAGCAGGUAGAGACACUGGACUGUACGGUGUGGACCGUGGGACAAAAUACACUCUAUAUGAAAGGUUCUCAGGGGUUAACACUACGUGUUUAGGAUAUAAUGAAGACCAGGACGAAUUCAACUGCAGCUACGAUAUAAAGAAGGAACAGGAACUUCACGAAUUCCUGCUCCUGGCUAGAAAUCCUUUAGGAACUUCAAAUACUUCCCUGGCUAUAAACGUCACUGAAAGAAUUCAUCCGUUGCCUAUCGACAAAUUUAUUGUCCGUGAGAAAGGUCCUUAUCAAGCUUACCUCGCUUGGUUUUUGCCUGGAAAAUUUUCAUCAAUUAACCUAAUAUGUGAAGUUGAAAUCAAGCCCGUCCAUGGUGAGACGGAGACGCGCAAUGUUACCUUGGAAGGGUUAACUGACUCUCAGUACCACUGUAACAUAGACAACCUUCACCCGUGGCAUGUCUAUGACUUCCGUGUUCGAUGCUCGUCUUAUGAUCGUUUUUGGAAGUGGAGUGACUGGAGCAGCACGAAGAGGCACAGGACUCUGGCCGCAGCCCCGUCCAAAAAGCUGGAUAUUUGGAGAGAAAUUGUACAGAAACCGGAAGGGCGUGAAAUAAAGGUUUAUUGGAAGCACUUAACAGUCAGAGAAGCUAAUGGAGAAGUGACCUCCUAUAAAGUGAUGUGGAGACCCGUAUACAGCUCCGAUCCACCCCAGGUACUGCAGCUGCCUGCCGACUACAACAGGACCAGUAUAAUCCUGAGCGCCAGCGAUGACAGCGAAUAUGAAAUUUACGUGACGGCCGUCAAUAGUGAGGGAUCUUCACCGCCUUCCAGGAUCACCACAGUGCUGCUGCCAAGCGAUGUCCAUGUAGAGAAGAUUGAAGGACAAGGCGAUGGCAUUAACUUCACCUGGAGUCCGGUCUGGAAUGCUUCCUGUGGAUAUUUGGUGAAGUGGAUGCCAUCUUAUCACCCUCUGGAUUCAUCAAUGAUGUGGAAGAGAUUUAACUCAAAUGCUGCCAGCGGCUUCAUCAGCUCAAAACAUUUCCAGGCUGGGAAAAGGUACAACGUAUCACUGUAUGGCUGUAAGAACGACGAGCACCAGAUACUAAAGAACAUGAUCGUCUACUCUGAGGAACUAGCUCCUUUAGUGGCUCCAAAUUUCACCAUAGAGGAGACAACAUCCAGUUCUAUACUGGUAAAAUGGGAUGCUAUAUCUGAUGAGGACCUCCGGGGUUUCCUACAGGGGUACCUGUUCUAUAUUUUCAAGCAACAGAAUGACUCAGGUGCUCCUCACAAGAUUUCUGACAGAGGAGAAAAGAAUAAUCAGAAGAGAUGUCCAAGAGCCAAGGACACUUGUGGAGAACUUCAAGAAGACAUGAAAUCAGCAGUUAAUCACACCACACCUAAGAAUAUCACCGACCUGGCAGUGCGCAUGUUAAAGAUUGAAGGCCUUCGCAGCGGAACAAGUUAUACCCUGGAAUUACGAGCUUAUACCAAAGGAGGGGUGGGCCCUAGGAAACGAUCUUCUGUCCUGACCAGUGACAAUGCUCUUGGUCUAAUACUCGCCAUCAUAAUUCCAAUAGUGGUCGCAGUUGUACUCGGCAUUGUGGUCAGCGCCAUAUGCUACCAAAAAAGAGAAUGGAUCAAAGAAACGUUUUAUCCUGAUAUCCCAAAUCCCGAGAACAGUAAAGCUCUACAGUUCCCAAAGAAUGGCCCUGAGGGAAGCAAAACCAUUAAAACCCUGGAGAUGAACCGGUGCACCCCCAGCAGCGUCGAAGUGGUAGAGCCGUUUCCGAAAAUCCUGGACACGGAAUUGAAUUCUCCCAUGUCAAACGGCGGUCCCUUUCCAGAGGACGGCUCGGAAACUCUGGAGGAUAAUCAUGCUGGUAUUAUAUAUACCCAACCGGCUUCUUCCGAAGAUACAUCCAACUCUGCGCUGGAGGGGUCGGCCUCGCCCUCCGUGGUGUAUAUCGAUGUCCAGUCCAUGUACCAGCCACAGGCCAAUUCAGAAGACGAACCGGAUGUGGAGUUUGCGGAAGGAGCGGGGUAUAAACCUCAGAUGCAGUUGCCUAUUAAUACUGUGAAUGUGGACCACCAGGUGGACGAAAACCAAGUGGCAGCAUCUUCAGGGUAUAGACCUCAGGGACACCCCAAUACCUGGGCCCUGGAUUCUCCGGGUUCCCCCACGUCCAUGGAAAGUGAAAACGCUUCUUUCGGGAGCCCUUGCUCUGUGAACUCCAGACAUUUCCUCAUCCCUCCGGUGGAUGAUAAAGACUCCCUCAAACCGGCCCACGCUGGAUGGUCGAUAUCGUCACUGUUUCAGAAUAAGCAAGACGCAUGAGCAUGGGUGACACAAUAUCGUCCUGCGCCGCAUAGCAUGCCCCGCCCCCCCCCCCCCUCCAGCUGCUCGUCCAUGAAGGAGUUUUUGAUGGCUGCCAACCAUCGUCUUCGGGGUAGAACUUCAUAUUCGCGUCCUACGGCAUUAGUUGUAUCAAUGCAAUCAUUGGUUCAUUCUCUUAAAGGGCAAAAGACUGAUUUUAAGGGAUUUUACCAGUCAUGGAAAAUGUGCAAAAAUGUUACCUAAUCACCUAGUUGCUGCAUAGCUACCCAGCUAGUCUCAUGCCAUUGGGUGUGGCUCCCGAAAACGACCUCAUUGACUAGUGGCAGCCAAGUUGUCUUGCCUUAAAUGGUUACUCU